GUUGUUGUAUCAACAACAGUCAAUGUGGAUGGCCAUGUUCUGGCUGUCUCAGACAACAUGUUUGUACAUAACAACUCCAAACACGGAAGGCGGGCUCGCCGCCUCGACCCCUCAGAAGCUACUCCUUGUAUAAAGGCAAUUAGCCCCAGUGAAGGUUGGACAACUGGUGGAGCGACAGUCAUCAUAAUCGGCGACAACUUCUUCGAUGGCUUGCAAGUUGUUUUCGGAACAAUGUUGGUGUGGAGUGAGCUGAUAACACCCCAUGCCAUCAGAGUUCAAACUCCACCCCGGCACAUUCCUGGAGUUGUUGAAGUAACCCUCUCCUACAAGUCCAAACAGUUCUGUAAAGGUGCUCCUGGACGGUUUGUCUAUACCGUAGGUUACAGUCGCAACACAAGCAGUGUUUCCCCGCGAGGAUACGUCCCAAGCAGUACUCCUCAACAGUCCAACUACAACACAGUCAGCAAUAGUAUGAAUGGAUACGGCAAUGCCAGCAUGCCCAACCUUGGUGUACCUGGUUCCCCUGGAUUCCUUAAUGGCUCGACCGCGAACUCCCCUUACGGCAUAGUGCCGUCAAGCCCUACCAUGGCAGCCUCUUCGGUCACCCUUCCUUCAAACUGUAGCAGUACACACGGCAUUUUCUCAUUCUCACCUGCCAAUGUCAUCUCUGCAGUGAAACAAAAGAGCGCGUUUGCUCCGGUGGUCAGGCCCCAAGCUUCUCCUCCGCCAUCUUGCACCAGCGCCAAUGGAAACGGGCUUCAAGCUAUGUCUGGGCUUGUAGUUCCGCCAAUGUAAAUUCAUUUUUUUGUUUAGCUACUGUAGCACCAAGUUCAGAAGAUGAACUUUCUAGGGGAUAUGCUUAGUAUAUAAGAUAUGCUGAUGGAACCAGUAUCUUCAAAAUACAAUCAGCAAAACAUUGAAAUGCUACAAAAACAAAAACAAAAAAACUUUGUUUAAAAAAGUUUAUUUAAAAUACUAAGAAUCAACAUGCAAUCAACUUCUUCAUGAACAAUUCCAUUUUAUUGACUGAACCUCUCUCAUAUUUUCACAAUUUCUUGGUCCUGAAGAAAAAAAGGAAGAAGCGAACACCUAUUUUGUAUAAAGUUUCUGAUUACGUCUUGGCUAUGUCUAGUACUUGCUAUAUGUCGGGAAAAAACUUUGUGGAUGCACCAUUUUGAUUAUCAUGAAAACCACUGAUGAAAAAUGCCUCCGAAACAUUUUUCUGUACUACUCAUACUAGAUUCACAAUGGUCGUGUAUCUCUAUAAUGUGAAAUAUUUUUUUGUGGUGAAAAAAAGGGGGCCAAGGAGGAGGUAUGAGCCAUCAAAACUGGGGUUUGGAGGGGGGGAAUAAAAAGGAUGAAUAUAUGAUUUCAGAUAAUUUUGGGAGACGGGAGGACGGGAGGGUUGAUCAUUGCAUUCAUCUUAAUGAAAUGGAACUUUGUAACUUAUUGUAGUUAGGAAUUGUAACUUUGAUAUUGAAUUCUCUUGCCUUCAACAAGCACACUGACAGAGGAAAACGCUACUGUCUGUUGGUUAAAAAUAAAAUAUACUUCCACUGCUAGAGCUUCCUGUUAAGCAAAUGUGAUCUGCAACAUUUUUUCAACUUUUGCUAGCACUGUAUACUAUUGCAUUCUUAGGCUACUGUGAAGUCUGUUUCUUGUACCAGAAAAUUGUCCUUUUGACUUCUAGAUCCUUCUUCCCCUAAUGUGUUUUUGUAUGUGGUUAUAAAAUUGUAGACUUUUGUGAUUUUGCCAAAGUUGUAGCUAAAUAUUUAUACACUUGUCUUGAAUUUUUUUCAGAUCCACUUAAAUAUUUAGAAGAUCAAAUUUUAUUCCUUUUAAAGAUAAGGAAUGAAAUAGCCCUACAUUACAACUCCCUUUCACACGAACACUUGCAAUCACCAAGGGAAUUUAUUUUGUAACAUAUUGAUUAUAAAUAUUGUAUUUAUCUUUGAAAUUUUUGUAUAUUUUCACCAUUUUUUCCUGUAUGUAUGUUUUUUUUUGUCAUUCGACUGGUAUUGUUGAUGCUGUGAAAAGCAUUAAGCCAAGAACCGCUGCCUUCAUAUGUUUUUGUUUAAAAAAAAAUGUGUCCAUUCAUUUCAUUUUGUAUUUCACAAAGUUGUUAUUUGUUUCGACUUUCCAUCCUUCUGUUAUUUUGAGGAAAAGCAUUGUUUAUUUUUAUAUUAUUUUUAAGUUAUCUGAACAAAUAAUUUUGAAAUAAAGUUGUUUGUUGUAUAGUUAAAGCAAAAUUGUGCCACAUGGCUGUAA